CUCAGGCUUGGUGUAUGUCUUUACCUGGCUUAGUUUCGAAACAGCGAAAAAUGUGCCUAGAAAAUCCUGAUUUGGUUGCCGCAGCAAUGCAAGGAACAGAUUUGGCUGUAAGGGAAUGUGAGCGUCAGUUUAAAUAUGACAGAUGGAAUUGUACCUUAAUUUUAACAAACAUGAGUGAUCGAAAGCGAGAAAAAUAUGCAACAGAAUCUAGUGAUCAAUCAGAUGAAUCUUCAGGAGAAGUACUAACUCCUGGGCUUAAAAAUGCAACAAGAGAAGGGUCGUUUAUUCAUGCGAUUAUGAGUGCUGGCAUUGCACAUGCAGUUACAGUUGCCUGUAGGAGAGGAGAAUUGGCGGGCUGCCACUGUGACAAAAGUGUUUCUAAACUCAACGUAGCUAUGGAAAUUUUGAGAGAAAUGAUUGCAUGGGACGAAACAAAUUCCAGCGACCAGAACCAGAAAGUGGCGAAGGCGGCUUUGGAAGCAAUUAGAAAAAGAAGGCUUUAUGGAGAUGCAGCUGGUCAUUUUUUAAGGAACAGAACGACCACCCGAAAAUUAGUAAGAGUGAACACAAAUUCUCCGAUAUCAUGGGAACAAGAAGUAGAAAAAAUAAGCUGGGGAGGGUGCAGUGAUGACGUGAAGUACGGUGUUCGAUUCAGCAGACGGUUUUUAGAAGCACCAUAUAAGGGCAUCUCAUAUAAAAAACGAACGCCGAGAGACGACGUAAAACUGCACAAUGGAGAAGUCGGGCGAAGGAUGGUGCAAGAUUUGACGAAAGUGCAUUGCAGGUGUCAUGGGAUGUCGGGUGCCUGUACUGCGCAAACAUGUUGGAUGCAAAUGGCGAGUUUUCAUGAAAUUGGAGAUUCGUUGAAGAGAAAAUUCGAAUCAGGUGUGAAGGCAUUAGGAGAACCAAAACGCCGUAGGCGUCUUCGACAUGUAACAGUGAACUCAUACGACAUAGAUAGCGGGCGCUUGCGAAAGGUGCCGAAGACACAGCUGGCGUUCAUCAACGAGUCUCCGAACCUGUGUCUGGAAAAUCAAACUCUCGGUAUACUGGGAACAGCAGCAAGACAGUGUUUGAAACAUUCGGGAGACAAAGGCGACUGUCGUGUACUUUGCUGUGGACGAGGCUACAAUACAAGACAAAUUAAAAUUCAACGAAGAUGUAAAUGCAAAUUUAUUUACUGUUGUGACGUUCAGUGCGAGAUAUGCGACGAAGUUAAAAAUGAAUAUACAUGUAAGGUUUGAACGCUGUUUAAUAUAAUAAUCGCCGUUAUAAGGCAUUCGCACCGAUACAACAUGAUACAAUACAAUUUAUUUAAGCAUCCUGAAAACACAACACUCAUGUACAAUAAGAGUUACUGGAUAGAAUUUAUGGUAAUUCCGACUGUAAUAAUUUUAUAUAUAUAAUUGAAAAACAAUUUUGCACCAGACCCUGUGAUAUCAAGUGAUCAAAUCUGUUGCUAUUAAUUUUCAUAAAUGCACUUAUGUCGGUUUAAUCAAGUUUUCUGGCCCUAACACAAUCUCAAAAAGGAUUGAAUUUUGCCCCGUUUAUUGUUUUGACUUCAACCCAGUUCGUGGCAAAAAUUUUAAAAUUAGUAUUUUCUUUGGC